AUGACCGAACCUGGUAAUCCUCCUGCUCCCGAUGAGCCUCCCAACGCAAUCCUGACCGACUCCCGCCCGACACCCGCUCACGACACCCGCAAUGACGAUCGGCAUGCAUUAGAGCUCCAUUCGAUCCAAACGCACGAAGACAAUGAGCUAGAUUACUCCAGCCCGUCGGCUUCGUCUGGCGAUGAGCAUCACAUGCCCAUGCGUCGGACUCCAUCUCGAGCCGAUUCCCGCCGCGCACGCAAAGACCGCAAGGGCACCUGGGGUUGGAUUUGUCGCUUCUGGAGUCGAAAUGUUACCCUGACCGUGCCGCAGAAAAGCAAUCGAGAUUACUUUGGUACGUUGUGCUCUCGAUACGCUGUUGGCAAUUUAAUUGACAGCAUUACAGCCUUGGAAAGGACAUUUCUUGCGUAUAUUCGCACGUCCACGGUUGUCGCUAUGCAAGGGGUACUCGUUGCUCAACUUUUCCGUCUACAACGGUCGCUGGUGGAAGUCGAUCGCCUGUCGUUUCACGAAGUCGGUAUCCCGCUCUCGGUUGCCUGUCACUGUGCGGCUGUUAUCAUCGCCCUGAUAGGCGCGAUUCGAUUUUGGAGACAACAAAAUGCCAUUUCUCGUGGGAAGAUCUAUGCCGGAGGAUGGGAGUUGAACUCGGUGGGGAUUUUAUUACUUGCUGUAAGUUCCCCAGGGCCCUCUAGGACGAUGCUCGACCUCCGAAUUCUGACCAAAUCCCUGCGCCCAGGUCAUUUUGGCAACCUUGAUUCUUACGGUUAUCAUCUUGAUCCAAAUCAAUUUGAGUGCCAGUGCGCUUCCUACUCGAAUAUCAUGGUCGUGAAAUCUCGCCUAUAA